AUGCAGCGCACCUUGCGCCGGUGUGCGCAGCUGCUGCUGAUGUCGCAGCAACAACCGCAGCAGCAGCAGCCGUGUACACGCCUUCCAACUGUUCUCACCACGACUGGUGGUGCGGCAGCAUUGGGGGGAGGUCGCCGCUGCGUGUCGCUUCCCUCUGCGUGCGGCGCACUGCGGGAGUGCCGCCGCUGCGCGUCGUCGGUGAUAACGCGGGGGAAACGCCGCCCCAAGUCCGUGCUUGCAACAGCAACAUCCACGCCAACGGUUGAGGUCGCUCAGCGGCGACAGCAGCAGCAGCAGGAACGCCGGUCAUCAUGGCAAGGAGCGGCAGUGAAAAGUGGAAGGGUAGAAAACGUUGCGAAAGACACUUCGGAAGCAAUGACGGCAGUAGUUUCAGCAAAGGCGCAAAUGGGAGGAGUGAAAGCGUCUGCUUUCAAUGGCACCAACGGUGGUCGUGACGACAACGUUCGUAGCUCAGCCCCAGAGUCAGCAGAAACUACUACUACUACGGCAACAGCAAGAACAGUGGCAGCAGCAAUGACGACAGAACGCAGCAGCGGAACCGGCAAUCCUGCAGCAGCGGAAAUCGGUUCCCUCCUCGACCUCGAGAAUCCGCUGAACCUGCGUCUGGCGACCCUCAUGCAGCAGCCUGGGAAGGCGUUCCGCGCCAUUGCGGUGACGUUUUCCCCGAAGCGCGACCUGAACUUUUCCCUCACGUUUGAGGACGUUGCGUCGAAGGCGACGCUUCGGUGUCGGCUCAACGAGCUGCAGUCGGUGUACUUGCCGUGGGUGCGUCAAUUUCGCGCGUCGUGGGUGACGCUCUUUCUGCCGACCCUCUCAGGCGCCAACGCAGUGCUGCUGGAGAACGCACUGCUGUACAACGGCGCGGGCCGUUCCGCUACAACGGGAGCAGUGGGGCAGAAAGAGGUGGAGGAGCCAGAUCACUUGCUGCUGUCGUACAGCAAACUUCGCGAGAUGCUCUGCAAAAAAAAGCGGGAUGAGCAGGUGAACGGCGAGCUGCUCAGCAACGCGGUGCUCAACGCAUACGCUGACGACUGGCGGAGUUUCAUUCAUGCACCAGGCGCCUGCGCGCCCAUGGCAAUUGUGACAGCGGCGUUUGACUUCCAGCCAUGCGUUGGGCAGCCACUGCUGAACAAGCAGCUCUUGCACGCGCAGCUCUCGGUGGUGGCGGCGGCGCUGCAACCGCCGGGUAAGCGCGGUACUCUGUCGUCCUCAUCUCGUGGUGGUGGGAAAAGCAGCAGCAGUAAUGCGGCAAAGAAGAAGGAAUUUUGGAUGUUAGUCUUUGUGUCUGCGCCACUACCAAGUGCGUUAACUGCUGGUAGUGCGGCGCCGCCGAUGCAGGACCUUCUAACCGGCGAGUUUGUGGAACCGCUGCUGCUGGCGGAGAAGAAUGUCAUUUAUAUCAUCGGCACCGGCAGCGCGGCGGAGGCAUUUGCGCAGUUCCCGCUUGUGCGCAAAGGCAAACAGAAGGUGUCGGUCCUGCUGCAGGACAUUGAGAACCAGCUGGGGCUGCGUCGACCAAACCGUCCUACACUCACCAUGACGCUCACACAGGCGCUCGAUCUCUUCUCACGCUACACGUGGAUGGGGCUGAUGUAUGAAGAGGACGGCACGCUGCGGGUGCCACGGCCUGUGCAAAACUUCACACCGGUGCACCGGCGCUCAGUCACAUGUGAAAUUGUGCCGAGUUUUCUCGAGUCAGCGCUAGGCCGCGCCCACGCUGGUGUGGGAAUAGGAGGGGGAGGAGCAGCAGCGGCAGGAGGAAUGCCGGGCGGCCAGACUUUCGCGCAGACAAAGAUGAGCCGCCGCCUCGACGAGCAUAUAAAAGCUAUCUUCAACAAUGGCGAGCGGCUUGCGCGGGAAAAAGAGUGGCACACUAGACUGCGCGCGUGCAGUUGCUUCUUUUUGGAGGUGAGGUCAGCGAAUGUAACGGCAGCACGCCGCGCUGACAAUCCCUUCUCCGCCCGCAACGGCAUUGUGGAGUUCCACGGGCAGUUGUGGCGCUCCCUUGACACCGAAUCGACACCGCCUGUGGAGACGCUAACAGCAAAGGUCGCUGCCAACGGCGACAUCAAGUCCUUUGUGGAGUUGCAGCGCUGUAUCCCAGAUGGCUUGCCGACUGGUAGCAGCAGCAGUGACAAGAAGAACAAGGGUAGUAGCGGCAAUUUGGCAUCACAUCAACUCGCCUCCAAUGGCAUUAUUAUAGCAUGGGAUGUGAAGCGGGCCUUGCUUUUCCUCCGCGAAAGCGGGAAACUGCAGCAGUUCCUUCGUAACGGGGGCCGCAUUUGGUGUGCACAGUACGCGCAGUACCUGCUAAAGGGGUUUAACCACCACAAUCUGGCGUCCAUGGAGCGGACACUGCUGCAGUACCACACUGGAAAGGUCAAUUUGCACCCACUGGAAAAACUUAAGAUCAUUUUUGAGAAGCAGCUCGAUAUUGCGGUAAACACCCGUCAGCUAAUCUCCAUUCUCCAUCGCAUGGACGGCCUCCUUGCCGCUACAGAGAUGGAGACUCGCGGGCUACAGCUCGCCCCACAGGCAGAUGUAACGGCCUUCUCUCACAACCUGAAGGCCUCGCACGAGAAACUGGAAAAGCUGGUGAAUGAUAAGAUCAUGGAGUUCACCACUGGAAUGGAUGAUGAAGUGAGGAAGAGAAUUAACUUUCGCUCCCCACAGGACAUCAGUACAAUAAUUUACGGUGGGGCACUCUGUCGUCAUUUGGGCGCCCGCUAUGUGCCGUUGCAAUCUCCGAAGACACCAGUGACGGCGCUCUUUCCGCACGCGGUGUGCUGCGUGACGGCGACGCCAGUUCCCGCAUUGUACAAGCAGCCAGAGAGUCUUGUGGGACCUAAGGGGGUGAUCAAUCGUGGCAGCCGUCCCGCCGCGGUUGGUCCCACCGAGAGUGGGGUGCGGGCGGCAGUGACCGCCAUUGAAAAGUACACGUCAGGAAACACGCUGGAGAACCUUCUGCAUUGUACCGCCGUUGUAGUGGUGACUUGCAAGGUGCGGCCUGGCAAUUUCCUUGAAAUGUUCUGCAUGCACUGCCCCAGCACCGACCCCAACGGUGAGCUUAAGUACAACGUCGCCAUUGACGAUGUUGUGCCUGUAACAGAUGAGCCGGAGAUGCUCACAGUAAUCCAGCUCAAGGAAAAGAUUGCCAGUUAUAAACCGUUGCGGGCACUUCAGCCCCUCAAGAAGUACGGCAAGCGGAGCUACGACCUACGCAACCUACUCAUCCUCACGAACUGCUCUCCCGACAGGAUCGCCGCGCUUGUGGAUACUGGGAUUGUGCAGACACUUGCGGAGACGGUGCUGGGGAAGCAGAGUGGUGACAAGGCUUGGGUCGAGCGCGUCUGCUUCUGCGACAUACAGCGCGCGCUACCGCCACCACCACAGGGUGCUGACAGCUUUGAAAGCGACUUCCUCGGCCUCGUCGACGUCGCCGAGCACGCCGGUUACUCUGCCCGCAGCAACUGGGAAGCGCUUUCGCGGGACUUCGUCGCUGUAGGCGGCUUCGAGGGCGGACUCAAGGCGCUCGUGUCGCACUGCGCUUCGCUGAUGGGCACCGCGCGGGAUGCGUUCCGCACGACGCAGCCGCUACCACUCACCCUGGGCGCAGAGCAGCAAGGACUGCAUGGGCAAGAGCGCGCCUCCAUGCGCGGCCUGCUGUGGCAGGUGACGCCGGAUCAUCUGCACCCGCUGUUGCAUCGCUCACUGCGUGGACGCAAUGCGUCGUCGGGCGCCGACGCCAUUGAGCGCAUCACCGUACUGCUGUCGUCGGAGCAGCAUAUCGAUCUCUCCUUCUUCAAGGCACUGCAACAACUUCGCUUCACUGAGAAAAAAAUGCAGCUGUUUGAAGAGGGUGCGCUGUUCCGGGCCGUUCUGCCAGAGUGCAAGGACCGCGUGCAUGGCGAGUUGUGUCAUACCGUCACCGCCACCGGCCGCCUGUCGUCGCAGUCACCGAAUCUGCAAAACAUCCCAAAGGAGGAAGACCUGCGGCGCCUCAUUGUGUCACGCUUCGGCAGAAGCGAGGGGCGUAUGAUUGAGGCCGAUUACAGCCAGUUGGAGGUAGUGGUGCUCGCAGCUCUCAGCCGCGACACUCGCAUGUUGCAAGAGCUGCGGGAAAAGGUGGAUUUUCACUGUCUGCGCGUCUCCCUCAUGACGAAGGAGCCGUAUGCGGACGUGGUGCGCAAGGCAAAGAAGGAGAAGGACCCGCACUACAUCCAGCUGCGGCAGCAGGCGAAGACCUUUUCGUUCCAGCGGCAGUAUGGAGCCGGCAUCGCCACCAUUGCGACGACGACAGGACUAACGGAGCACGAGGUAGAGCGCCUCAUCGCUGCGGAGGAGCAGCACUACAAGGAUCUCGGUCGCUUUUACCGCCUUGUUAUGGACUGCGUCGAGGCAGGCGCCGACCGGCUGCUGCGGCUGCGCACACUUGACGCGGCGACGUGGCCACCUGCGAUGCGGCGCAUGAUUCUUCUGACGGAGCCAAUACAUUAUUUUGUGGUGCCGACAGGAAGCAAGUUCGACUUCUCGAAGGACAAGAAGAGCAUUCCACGACUGAAAAACUACCCUGUUCAAGGGCUUGCGGGGGAGAUUGUGCAGAUUAUGUGCGGUAGCAUCAUUCGCCGCUUCUAUGCGCGGCGCAACUACAAUGACAAGGCCUUUCUGGUGAACACUGUGCACGACUGCGUGUGGAUUGACGCCCACGCGUCAGUCGCCGAUGAGGUGAUGCGUGACGUGUCGGAUAUCAUGUCGUCUACAUCAGAGUUCAUCAGCACACUCUGGCCCGACAUGAAGCUCGAUGCGCCGUUCAACGCCGAUAUUCACAUUGGGCCAUCGCUUGGCGAGCUCUCACGGUAG